UCACAAUGUCGGUCAGCGUCCACGAGACCCGCAAGUCGCGGAGCAGCACGGGCUCCAUGAACAUCACUCUCUUCCACAAGGCCUCCCACCCCGACUGCGUGCUGGCCCACCUCAACACGCUGCGGAAACACCGCAUGUUCACCGAUGUCACGCUCUGGGCCGGUGACCGCGCCUUCCCCUGCCACCGCGCCGUGCUCGCCGCCUCCAGCCGCUACUUCGAGGCCAUGUUCAGCCACGGCCUACGGGAGAGCCUGGACGACACUGUUAACUUCCAGGACAACCUGCACCCCGAGGUGCUGGAGCUGUUGCUGGACUUCGCCUACUCCUCCCGCAUCGCCAUCAACGAGGAGAACGCCGAGUCACUGCUGGAGGCGGGCGACAUGCUGCAGUUUCACGAUGUGCGGGACGCCGCGGCUGAGUUCCUCGAGAAGAACCUGCUGCCCUCCAACUGCCUGGGCAUGAUGCUGCUGUCGGAUGCCCACCAGUGCCGCCGACUGUACGACUUCUCCUGGCGCAUGUGCUUGGUGCACUUCGAGACCGUGCGGCAGAGUGAGGACUUCAACAACCUAUCCAAGGACACCCUCCUGGACCUCACGUCAAGCGAUGAGCUGGAGACGGAGGACGAGCAGGUGGUCUUCGAGGCCGUCCUGCAGUGGGUGAGGCACGACCUGGAGCAGCGGAAGGUGUACCUGCCCGAGCUGCUGCGCAGCGUGCGCUUGGCUCUGCUGCCAUCCGACAGCCUCAAGGAAGCCCUCUUGGGCGAGGAUGCCAUCCUGGCGGACGAACGCACCAAGCUCAUCCUGGACGAGGCGCUGUGCUGCAAGACCAAGAUCCUGCAGAACGACGGGGUGGUCACCAGCCCCUGCGCCCGGCCGCGCAAAGCCGGUCACACGCUGCUCAUCUUGGGGGGCCAGACCUUCAUGUGCGACAAGAUCUACCAGGUGGACCACAAGGCCAAGGAGAUCAUCCCCAAGGCGGACCUGCCCAGUCCUCGCAAGGAGUUCAGCGCCUCGGCCAUCGGCUGUAAGGUCUAUGUGACGGGGGGUCGGGGCUGUGAGAACGGGGUCUCCAAGGAUGUGUGGGUGUAUGACACGGCCCACGAGGAGUGGUCCAAGGCGGCGCCCAUGCUCAUCGCCCGCUUUGGCCACGGCUCGGCCGAGCUGGAGAACUGCCUCUAUGUGGUCGGAGGGCACACGUCGCUGGCCGGUGUCUUCCCUGCCUCCCCGUCUGUGUCUCUGAAGCAGGUGGAGAAGUAUGACCCUCUGGCCAACAAGUGGACGAUGGUGGCCCCGCUGCGGGACGGCGUCAGCAACGCUGCCGUGGUGAGCGCCAAGCUGAAGCUCUUCGUGUUCGGAGGCACCAGCAUUCACCGGGACAUGGUGUCCAAAGUCCAGUGUUACGACCCGUCCGAGAACCGAUGGACCAUCAAGGCUGAGUGCCCCCAGCCCUGGCGCUAUACCGCCGCGGCUGUCCUGGGCAGCCAGAUCUUCAUCAUGGGAGGUGACUCGGAGUUCACGGCUGCCUCAGCCUACAGGUUCGACUGCGAGACCACCCAGUGGACGCGCAUCGGGGACAUGACCGCCAAGCGCAUGUCCUGCCAUGCCCUGGCCUCAGGCAACAAGCUCUAUGUGGUCGGGGGCUACUUUGGGACCCAGCGGUGUAAGACUCUGGACUGUUACGAUCCCACGUCAGACACCUGGAACUGCAUCACCACCGUGCCCUACUCGCUCAUCCCCACGGCCUUUGUCAGCACCUGGAAACACCUGCCCGCCUGA